CCAUCACCUCAACCGCCUCCCACUCAACUACCACAAUCAUGCCUUCCACAGAAUCCGAUGCAGCGUCUUACGCCGCCACCAGCGAAACCGACUUCUACGAGCUCCUCGAGCUCCCCUCCUCCAACACCCCCUUGACCCCCUCCCUCCUCCGAAAAUCCUACCGCAAGGCCUCCCUAAAAUGGCAUCCAGACAAGAACCCCUCCCCCGAGGCCGCAGAGAUAUUCUACCUCCUAUCAAUAGCCUACGAUGUCCUCUCAGACCCGGCGACGCGAGCAGUAUACGACAACGCACGCAAUGCGCGGUUAGCGCGAAAACGAAGGAAUGAGGCAUUCGAUGUGAAUCGCAAGCGGAUGCAGGAGGAACUGGAGAGUCGGGAAAGAGGGGCUAAGAAGGCUAGAACUGACGGUGAGGAUGCGGAGGAGCGGUUUCGCCGGCAGUUGGAAAAAUUGAGGGCUGAAGGAGCAGAGUUAAGGAGGAAGAGGGAGGGGGCGAUGAGGGCUGCGGUGGAGGAGGAGGAGAAGGGAGGGGAGGAGGAAGGAGAGGCCAUGGCCGAUGGGGAUGGGGGAAGCAAUGGCGGGAGUAGAUUCUCAGAAAUCGAUCGCACAUUGAGAGUCCGCUGGAAGCUCAAGGGAAACGAACACUUCGACGAGCAACACCUCCGCAGCAUAUUCUCAAAAUACGGUGCGAUACAGGACUGCGUUGUCCCGCCUACAAAAUCGGAGAAGGAAAAGAAGCUUAAGUCCGCAUUGAUAGUCUUCACCUCCAUCGUGGCCGCCCACGCCGCAUUUCACGACCCCCUCGACUCACGGCUCAAAGACCUCGUCUGGGCAAGCGGCAAAGAACCAGACAUCUCUCACAACCACCACCACUACCACCCCACCCCCGAACCCCACACACCACCGCCGCCCAAGCCGAAACAACAAACUCCAAAAGACCCCCCAAAACCACCCACCCUAGCAAGACCCACCACUACCACUACCAAGGAUCCUAAACUCAAUAGGGUUCCCUCCUUUGCUAGCUUCUCCGGGACACCGAGAGGAUCUCCGUCUAACAGGAGUGCCAUCGCGCAGAGUCCGGAUUACGAGAGUAUUACGCUCAUGCGCAUGAGGGCUGCGGAGAAGGCGAAGAUUGAGGCUAGGAUAAGGAAGGAGGAGGAAGAGGAAGCUGCUGCGCUGGAGGAGCGGGAGGUAUGAGAUUCAUUAUCUCCUUCAGGUUGUUUUGCCGGGUUUUCGGGGGGGGGGGUUUCUCCAAUGAUACAAGUAUGGUGGAUGAGUUUCCUAAGACUUUUUCCCCCGCCCCAACAGCAGCACAUUAGAAUGGGAUUGCUGGGGCUUAAUAGAUGUAUUAUUGCAAGCAAUUUACUCACUAGCCUAGUUUACAGCGAUCAAAAGUGUAUCGUAUCAUAAAAAUACUUCGUUUGUUGUAUCAUAGAGUAACUACAGUGUGCUACAGUAUCAUACGGUGAGUAUUCACCCCAACCCAUCCACCCAUGAGCAAUCACGCGGAAAAAGAAAAGCCCAAUUUUUUUUGUUUUUCGUUCCACUCGUCCGUUAGCCAAGGCCGGAACACAAUUCAAAGCUAUGAUAAGUCCGUGAAGAAAAAAAA